UACUUUAUAUAAAUUUUUGACAACAACAACAACAACAAAAAUGUUGCGACUGAAGUUUAAGCCGAUUUCAUGGUCUAGAGUCGUUUACAAAAUAAGAAAAUCCGUUACAGAAAAGACAUAUAGUACAAUAGCGUUAAAUCGAGUUGAUGUCAGUAAGUUACAUGGACGAGUUGAGUUGCGUGUACCUUCUAUCAGCUGUCUGGACAAAUGUAGGAGAUAUUUUUCCUCUGAUGUACUGUUAAGUGAAUCAGAGUAUGAAGUAUUAGCAGAUGAGACUCUUGACUCACUAACUGAAAUGUUUGAAGAUUUACCUGACAAGUUUGAAUUGGAUCCAGAUUAUGAUGUAACUUUCAAUAGUGGUGUUUUAACAGUGAAAAUAGGCGGUAACUGGGGAACAUAUGUUAUCAACAAACAGACUCCAAACAAACAGAUAUGGUUCUCUUCUCCUAUUAGCGGCCCAAAGAGAUACGACUUUGUAGAAGGGAUAUGGUUGUAUAAUCAUGAUGGCAGUAAACUUCAUGAUCUACUAAAUGAGGAAAUCUCACAAGCUAUAAACCAUCAUAUAGACUUCACAAUCUGCUCUUAUGGAAAAAGAUAGAUGCCUUAUUUCUUACCAGUUUAAUUGGUGUCAUAUUUUUAAUAAAUUGUUCAUUUUCAUUUGACAUGCUGUACAUGUUUCCUGUUUUAAGCUUAUAUUUGAAUAUUUUGUAUGAAAGUACAAGAUUGCCAAAGGUUUAUUUAAUAUUUGACAAGUAGAAUUGCAUAGUGGACGUCUACAAAAAUUAUAUAAAUUGUCAAAAUCGGUUCCAGCACAUUGGGACCUAGACUAACAAAAUAAUCAUGUUUUUAAAAUUUUCACCACACCGGCACUAAAUUGCCCAGAGCAUAGAGAUUUGAUAACACCUUAAAGUGCGUAGGUGGUUAAUAUUGGUCUGACCCCAGGGUCAGUUAGUGAAUAUAAACUUACAAUUGAGUUGAAUUGUGAAAAAAUUGCAUUGCUCAGAGUUUAUAUAUUAUGACAUCUGAGGGUUCAUUCUCCUAUAUAAUACCAUUAGUACACAAUUUCUACAACAGCAAUUUAGACAUCAUUUACAUUAUAUAUUUUUGUAUACAUGAAACGUCCAACCUGGGAGUAAGUAUUCAUUGAACCUUUUUAUUAAACACACUUUCUGUCUUUGCUUGGAAUGGAUGUAUUUGGCUAAUUUCAUGUCUGUUUACAACAGUUAGCUUUCAUUUUAAUCUUUGUAUUGUUUAACCUCGGUGAUAGUUUAACAUUAGGAUUUGUAUUAUGAUGCGGAUUGUUUAACCUCGGUGAUAGUUUAACAUUAGGAUUUGUAUUAUGAUGCGGAUUGUUUUACGGGCUCUCUUAUUUUAACUGCACAUGUGUAUCGGCUCUGACCUGGCUCCCUAACAUGCACUGUACAUGUUUAUCGACUCAUCUACGGCUCCUUUACAUAUACUGUCCAUGUGCUCCGGCUUGGACACAGUGACUGCACAGUGACGAUAUAGGCUCGUAACGCCUAAAAACAGUACUAAGCAAACUGAACAGUUGUUUUCUAGAUUUUCUUUCGGAUGUAUGCAUUUUCAUAUUUUCUUAAAAAAUUAUCUUUAAAUGCUAAAUAUCUAAAUUUGAGGUAUUACAUUUAAACAAUUUAUAUCUUAUUUAGAUACUUUAAUUCUUCAAGUAAUUUUUUUGUCCAGUUUUUUUGGGACAUUUUUUCCAAAAAUAUAACUUUUUAUCAAUUGUAGGACUCUGUUUUUAUUUCAAGGUCUUAUAGUCUGUGUUGUAGACAAUCUUAAAUUUUAUUGAUACAUCGUUGCACCUUGACAUUCUUAAUGUGUUUGUUAUUUAAAUAAAUUAUUUUAACUGUUUAUUGAUGGUGUAAUCAUUUGUGCUAAACUACAUCUGUCCAGUCGGUGACAUUUAUUUUUAGUCACCGCAAUUCAUCAACAAUAAAAAGACUUUGUCUGAAUUUCAUCAGUCUACAUCUCUAGAGAUUAUAAACAACACAGAGAACAACAUAAAAUAUCAGCCAUAGCUUCCGCUACCAUAUCUACAAUUUUAGAUAGAUUUCCCCGCCCACUUCGACGCUAGAACAAUAACCCCUCAAAUUUCUUAAAUAUUAUAAGUCAACAAACCAAUUAGACAAAUAACAACAAGCAACACCCUGUGCUUGCAUCACAGUAUACAUGUCUGGCAUAUACGCAUUUCCUGUAAGACCUCUACAAUUUUGUAUGUGGGGUCAAAAAAUGACCCCAACCUCUGGUCCCAUGUUCACUUAGCUUUAAGAAUCAAGAUCAAAUGUCAAGAUUGAAAUCUUAAAGAUUUUCCAUUGCUGGUCCUCGUAGAUCUUCUUCUCAAUAUUAAGUGGACUUGAAAAAGCAUGCUUAUGAAAUAUUAGAAAAAGAAAUAAUGAUCGAUAACAGUUGAUCCAAACAGUGAUCUUAAUUCUUAAACCUAAAAUUGAAGCUUAUAAUGAUAAUAUUUUUCUGGUAUUUCUGUUCCUAAAUUUUAUCCAAAAAUAGGGUUGUUUUUUGUGAACCAGCAAUUUGUACCUUGAUUUUUUUCAAAGAAAUGUUACAGUUAUGUUGGUGUUCCAGUUGCCAUCCCCUAUGACUUUUUAAGGUCUUUGUGUAUUGUCUUCAACAAUCCUUGGGACAAGACCUUCAAGUAGACCAAGGUCAAAAGUCUAAUUUCUGCUUGAUUUUUGCUAUUAGUGGCUAUAACUUUGUUAUUUGUAAUGGAUUGUCUUCAAACUUGAACAAAAUAAUCUUUUAGGAUAGAUCUUUAAGUUUAUCAGACAGACCUUGACCUUCACUCAUAAAUGACUUUGACCUUGAAGGUCAAACUUGAAAUUUUUGGGGGUUUUUUGUUGUUUUUUUUAGCUCACCUGAGCAUAUGCUCAGGGUGAGCUAUUAGGAUCACUCUUCGUCUGUCGUCCGUCGUACGUUGUCCGUUGUCCGUUCACACUUUUAAAACGACAUCUCCUCUGAAACCAUAAGGCAGAUCAUAAUGAAACUUCACAGGGAUGUUCCUUGUGUGAAGCUUUAACAAAGUUGUUCAAAGAAUUCCAUUCCAUGCAGAACUCUGGUUGCCAUGGCAACCAAAAGAAAAAACUUUAAAUAUCUUCUUCUAAAAAUCCAAAAGAGCUAUAGCUUAGAUAUUUGGCAUGAAACAUCUUCUAGUGAUUGUCUACCAAGUUUGUUCAAAUAAAAGCCCUGAGAACAAAAUUGGCCCCGCCCCAAGGGGUCUUUGAUUUUCCCUAUAUGCAUAAUAGUAAAAACUUAAAAAAUCUUCUUUUAAAUAACCCAAAGAGCUAGAGCUAAGAUAUUUAGCAUGAAACAUGUUCUAAUGGAUGUCUACCAAGUUUGUUCAAAUAAAAGCCCUGGGGUCAAAAUUGGCCCCGCCCCAGCGGGUCUUUGAUUUUUCCUAUUUGCAUAUAGUAAAAACUUAAAAAAUCUUCUUUUAAAUAACCCAAAGAACUAGAGCUAAGAUAUUUAGCAUGAAACAUCUUCUAAUGGGUGUCUACCAAGUUUGUUCAAAUAAAAGCCCUGGGGUCAAAAUUGGCCCCGCCCCAGGGGGUUAUUGAUUUUCCUUAUAUGCAUAUAGUAAAAACUUAAAAAUCUUCUUUUAAAGAACCCAAAGAGCUAGAGCUAAGAUAUUUAGCAUGAAACAUGUUCUAAUGGAUGUCUACCAAGUUUGUUCAAAUAAAAGCCCUUGGGUCAAAAUUGGCCCCGCCCCGGGGGUCAUUGAUUUUCCUUUUGUGUGUAUAUAGCAAAAACUUAAAAAAUCUUCUUUGAAAAAAAAAACAAA